AUGGCGAAUCAUAAGCGUGAAACAGUUCAGAAUCGCGAGAGAGAGAACAACACCCAAUCGAUAAAUGCACCGUCCAGGGACACCUCACCCAUACCACCGCCUCCCGACGGUGGAUUUCACGCCUGGGCUCAGGUUGUCUCGGGCCACUUAGUCGUAGCCCUGACUUGGGGUUACGCUGCUAGUUUCGGGGUGUUUCAGAGCCACUAUGAAUCUACACUGCCUCAAAGCCCCUCCGAUAUUUCUUGGAUCGGUGGUUUCCAGGUUUUCUGUCUUUUGUUCAUCUCGGCACUAUCUGGUCGCGCAACAGAUGCUGGAAUGGCAAGACUGGUGGUAGGGGUGGGCGCGGUCUUGCUGGUUCUGGGCACCUUCUUGACUAGUCUGGCCACCGAAUACUGGCAGAUCUUUCUGGCUCAAGGGCUCUGCAUUGGUAUUGGCCAGGGUCUCAUGUGGCUGCCUAGUGUAACAUUGAUUUCGACGUACUUUGUGCGCCUGCGUGUCUUUGCAGUUACGGCCGCUGCCACGGGAACGAGUACCGGGGGCAUAAUUUUCCCGGCAAUGAUUCAGUACCUUACUCCAAAGAUUGGGUUCCCAUGGGCUAUCCGGUGCAUGGGAUUUGUUGUCCUUAUUAUGGUAACAAUCACCCUAGCGCUUCUGCGCCCUCGGCUGCCACCGCGGAAGUCGGGACCAUUGGUCGAAUGGAGUGCGUUUAAAGAGCCCGCCUACAUGCUUUUUACCUUAGGAGUUUUUCUGCUAUACUGGAGCCUUUAUUUUACCUUCUUCUAUAUACAAGUCUACGCGACCGAGGUGCUCGGUCUCUCCCAAAAAGCAGGUGUCAAUUUGAUUAUUGUUACCAACGCCCUCGGGAUUCCCAUCCGUGCCCCUCUUGGCUAUCUGGCCGAUCGGUACAUCGGUCCGCUUAAUUGUCUAAUUCCUUGGGUGACUCUUUGUGGCAUUCUCAUAUUUUGCUGGGCCGCUGUACAUACUGUGGCCGAGCUAUACGUCUUCGCAGUGUUCUAUGGACUGGCAUCAGCGGCAGCUAUGGCCUUGUUUGCUGGGACUGUCCCUUCCUUGACGAAAGAUCUCAACAAAAUCGGCACUCGAGUCGGCAUGGCGCUUUCAAUAAUAAGCUUUGGACCGUUGACCGGCCCAUCCGUGGCGGGGGCAUUGAUAGCGCGCACAGGGGGAAUUACUUAG